AUGGAGCAAACAAACGAGAGAAAUACCAGCCCACGAACCGGCAGAAGUCGUCUACUUGGCCUUCGUGAGUCGCAGGAUCCUCAGCAGGAAGGCGACAGUGCAGAAAUGAAUCCGAUGGGCGGCCGGCAGGGCAGCUUCGAGUCAUGGAAGGAGGGCGAGGCGCUGCUCGAGCACAUGUCGUUCCCGCCCACAGACGAGGAGCUGGCCAACAUGCCCACCCUCUCCCCUGCGCAACUUCCGCCCAAGUACACCCGCUCCAAUGCCGGCCGUGUCUUCGUCAACCGCAGCCUGCGCCUCGACCGCAUCUCCUGGGUCGGCUUGUACAAGGAGCCUGUUUUCGAGGCUCUCACCUACGAUAUCGCCCUGGAGCACAUGGUGCAAAUCGGCUAUCCCGAGUCCAUCAGAGGGCUCAAGUAUGACCCGCAUUUCCCCAUUCGAGGCCUCUUCCUCGACACCCAGCUGGGCAACCUCCUGAAGGUGGACAGCUUCGGCAACAUCAUCCUGUGCGUCCACGGCAAGAAGCGAUGGAAGAAGCACGCCAUCUACGGCUCCUACCCGGGCGGCCUGAUCCACAACGACGAGAUCGGGCGGCGCUUCUACCUGCUCAACACCCUGUUCGCCCUGCCCGAGGCGUGUCUCUACGCCGACUUGGUUGACCACCUGGAGCACCACCAGCAGGCCAAGAGGAGGGCGCGCACGGCGUCGCAGAAGAAGGCCGCGGCGUCGGAGGGCGAAAGCGAGAGCGAGCCCGACGCGACGUCCGAUAACGAGACAUUGCACGCCAGCGAUGUGGAGCUUUCCUUCAAGAACCUCUUCCAGGACAUCCGAACCACCAUCGAUUAUAUUCACGGCGAGGAGGAGCUGAAGAAGGUGGUGGUGUCGGAUAUCGCCAAGUACAUCCACAAGAACGAUAAGAUGCCGGUUCUGCUUGAUCGCCUGCGCAAGGGCGGUAAGAAGCUCUUCCUUCUCACCAACAGCGAGUUCAACUACACCAACAGCGUGAUGACCUACCUCCUCGGUGAUGCCAACUCUGAAUACAGCAGCUGGCGCGACUACUUCGAUGUGAUCAUCAAGCCCCGCUUUUUCGCCGAGGGCACGACUCUGCGUAUGGUCGACCUCCGCACGGGCAUGCUCAAGGUGGGCAAGACCACCUCCUUCGAGCCCGGCCAGGUGUACAACGGCGGGUCGCUUGAGAUCUUCAACAGAUUCACCAACAACCAGGAGAAGUACAACAAGCUCCUCACACUCGAGUGGGUGCGCGCUGAGAUCUUCCGCGGCCUCGACUCGCAGUCCACCGAGCCUCCCGAUCUGUCGCACCUUCGGAAGCACACGCGCGAGGCUACGGCAGAGUUGGACAAGAGCUUCAACAAGUCCUUCGGCUCCCUCUUCCGUUCGGGAUCCAAGCAGAGCUUCUUCUCCAUGCAGGCACGCACCCUUCUUUUUGCGGUCCCCGACGUUCACCACAUCCCCUGCGUGCAAAGGUAUGCGGAUCUGUACACGGCGGACUACACCAACCUACUCAACUAUCCCCUGUUCUACACCUUCUACGCUCCUCCCUUCUAUCUCUCCCACGAGCGUGAGCAUGUCCUCUUCUAA